ACCCUUGCACUCCUCUGCAUCGCACGGCACACACCGACCUCCUCACACACACACACCGCGGGCAUCUCGACGCAGCCCCCCCGUCGCCCCGUGCAGCUCGCGCCACCUGUGUAUACUCGAGCCCACAGCGCGCCGCGACACCGUGCGCCUCCUUCCUGCUCCCUUCGACUCACUCGCCUCCUCCUCGGAAGAUCUGUCCGCCGCACGUCCCUCCGCCAGACGAGACGUCAUGAGCCGUGGCGUCGAGGCUGAAGCCGGCAACGGCGCCGGCCCCUCUGCUUCCCCCCUGCCCGCAUCGGAAACGAUCAACCCCCUCGCGCUGCACGUCCGCCAGCUGCCCGGCAGAGGCCGCGGCGUGUUUGCCUCGGCGGCGAUUCCUGCAGGGAGCGUGCUCGAGGAAGCGCCGGUGCUGCUUCUUACAAAGGAGCAGUGGGACCAAGGACGGAUGGACGACACGGUCCUGGGUGAAUAUGGCUUUUGCUGGUCAAACGGCGGCAUGGCGCUCGGAUUGGGAAUGGCCUCCCUGUUCAACCACUCGUCUACACCAAACGUCAACUUUGUGCGCAACACGGCCGCCAACACCAUCACAUUCACCACGUCGCGCUCCGUCCAGCCAGGGGACGAGCUGUGCAUCUGCUACUCGGCCGACGAGACCAAGCUGUGGUUUGUCCCGAGCCAGGGGCGCAAGCCGGCGCUGAGCGACGACGAGGGAGACGGGCUCCAGCGGCUGGCGGCGCUCGACGUCGAGGACAGCGACGACGAGGCGCGGGCUGAGCGCGCUGCUGCCGAGGCCAAGGCAGCCGCGCGCGAGACGAGAAGAACGCUCGGCGGCGCGACACACAGCGCAAAGCAGAGACGGCGCGAGCGGUUCAAGAACAAGAUGGCAACGUCGUCGACAACGACGACCCCCGAUGCCGCCGGGGCGGGUGGCGCGAGUCACAACAACACACCGGGCGCUGCAAACGGAACGACGAUUCUCGCGCCCCAACCAUUACAAGCAACGGGCAGUGCCUUGCCUGGUGUGACAGGAUCGGCGGGGGAGUCGUCGUCGUCGUCGUCGUCUUCGUCAGCGUUCAAGGCAAAGUCGAUAUCGUGGGCCGAGCGCCAGCGCCGCGACGAGGUGCGCGCCGACCUGCCCCCGCCGCUGCAUUCUGUUGCCGCCAAGUCGCGGCACGAGCACGUCGGCGAGGUGCACCUCACGGCCGACUUGGAGUUUGACGUCGCGCCUCCAAACCAGCUGUCGACGCCGCUCGCCCAGGACCAGUGGGACCUCAUCUACCGCGCGCGUGGGCCGAUCGAGAUUGAGGAGGAGGCUGAGAUGGACAACAGCGCGACGAUCCCCGUCUGGGUCGUCGACGUCCCCGACUCCAAGCUCACACGUCACGUCCUGGCGUUCACAAAGGACGGCUUGCCGGUCGACGAGCGCAUGCGGCAUCUGAAGCGUGUGCGGAGGGUGACCGACGAGACAGGCGAGCACUGCUACGUCGCGCUGGCGAUGGAGAGCUCAAUCACGCCCGCGGCGCUCGUGGCGGCGCUCGAGGCCUUUUCUCCGCUGCUGACGGGGCUCGAGCCGAGCCUGUUCAACGUGCCCAGAGCGGCGGCGCGCACGUCGGAGCAGCUCAAGAUCAGAAACAAGAUCUGGCCGGUGCUCUUCUCGCCUGCUGCGCCGCGGCCGCUCGACGCGCGCGGGACCACGCUGGGCAAGUACGCGUGGAUCCGGGCCGGCAUCCACCGUGUGCUGGCGGAUGCGCGGGCGUCCGCCGCCGCUGGCGACUUGCCAGUCGCCGUAUACUGCGCGUCGCCGCCCGAGUCGAUCUGGCCCCAGCAGGACGGGUUCAUCCCCCCGACACCGGGGCUGCGCGCCGCCGCGCACGACACGCGCGUGAGCGAGGCCCACCCCCUGCGACAUGCCGUGCUCAACUGCAUUGCCGAGAUUGCGCGCCUGCGCACCGUGUCCCCCUUCUCCGAGAUGAACCCGACCCGCAACGGCGCCGACUACCUCCUCACCUCGCUCAGCCUCUUCGUGACCCACGAGCCGUGCGUCAUGUGCUCCAUGGCCCUGCUGCACUCGCGCGUGCGCGAGGUCUACUUCCUCUUCCCGCGCAAGCGCGCCGGCGGCUUCGAGGGCUCGUACGGCGUCCACUCGCGCCGCGACCUCAACCACCGCUUCGACGCGUGGCAGUACUGCGGCGACCUGGUCGACGUCGGCGAGCUCGCCCAGUACGACGUGCCAGAUUCCUACGAGAUCUAA